UUGUUGCACCUCUUUAAGCCUCUUAGCGGCUGUAAGUCUGCAGCCGGCCUGCAGCGUUGCCGUUGGCUCUGAUCAUGAUGAUUUAAUCCCUCAGUGGAAAAGGUUAGCUCGUCUUUGGCUCUCACAGGUCUGUCACCCUGCCAACCGCACACAGGCCAACAGAAAACUUGGACAGCAUGGAGGAGCUUCUUUUACCGAGCGGAGAGGAGGAGGCGCGCUCCGACCACAGCUCGUAUGCUCCGGGAGACGCAGGGAUGACGAUGGGAGACCGGGUCAAGACUUUUGUCCAGGGGGACCUGAAGAAGAGCGCGAGGGAUUUCUUAAAGAGGAACGGGCUGCUGACGCUGUCAGUCAUCGCCGUGCUCACUGGCUGCACGCUGGGCUUCAUGCUGAGGGGAACCCAGCUGUCCACACAGGCAAAAAUCUACUUCUCUUUUCCUGGAGAGCUGCUGAUGAGGAUGCUGAAGAUGCUUAUCCUUCCUCUCAUCACGUCCAGUUUAAUGUCAGGUCUGUCGUCGAUGGAGUCGAAGGCCUGCUGUCGGAUGGGCGUCCUCACCGUCACCUACUACCUGUGGACCACUUUCAUCGCCGUGGUGGUCGGCAUCGUGCUCGUCAUCAUCAUCAAACCCGGCGUGGGGACGGAGAUGGAGAGUAACCGUCUGGGAGGGGGGCCCGUCAUGACCUCGGCCGACGCCCUGCUAGACCUCAUCAGAAACAUGGUUCCCUCGAAUCUGAUCGAGGCCACGUUCCAGCAGUACAAAACGGACCUGAUUCCCAUCCUCAAAGUCCCGACCAGAACCAUCCAGCCCAACUUCGUCUAUGUCUUCCCUGACGACAGUCACCCUAAGGGGCGGACGGUGUACCUGGAGCUGACCCCGCCUCCGGAGAUCACCUACAAGACCAGUCCCGGCAGCAGCCAGCAGAUGAACGUCCUGGGCAUCGUCAUCUUCUCCGCCACCAUGGGUCUGUUGCUGGGCAGGAUGGGAGAACGAGGAGCUCCACUCAUCAACGUCUGUCAGUGUAUCAACGAGUGCGUCAUGAAGAUCAUCAACGCUGCUGUCUGGUACUUUCCGUUCGGGAUCAUCUUCCUGGUGGCGGGGAAGAUCCUGGACAUGCAGGACCCGAGCACGCUGGGGAAGAAGCUGGGCUGGUACGGCAUCACUGUGCUGUCCGGCCUCUUCGUCCACGGACUCAUCCUCCUCCCUCUCUUCUUCUUCCUGCUCACCAGGAAGAACCCUUUCUCCUUCAUCCGCGGGCUGCUGCAGGCCAUGGUGAUCGCCCUGGCCACCUCCUCCAGCUCUGCCACGCUGCCCAUCACCAUGAAGUGUUUGCUGGAAAACUGCAAUGUUGACCGACAGAUCGCCCGCUUCGUCCUCCCCGUGGGCGCCACCAUCAACAUGGACGGCACGGCGCUGUACGAAGCCGUGGCGGCCAUCUUCAUCGCUCAGGUUAAUGACUAUGAGCUGGACUUCGGCCAGUUGGUCACCAUCAGCAUCACGGCUACAGCUGCCAGCAUCGGUGCAGCGGGGAUCCCUCAAGCCGGUCUGGUUACCAUGGUGAUCGUACUGACAUCAGUGGGCCUGCCGCCAGAUGACAUCACACUCAUUGUGGCCAUCGACUGGAUCCUCGACCGGUUUCGGACCAUGAUCAACGUCCUGGGUGAUGCUCUGGCAGCAGGAAUCAUCGCCCACCUUUGUCGGAAAGAUUUCCCUCUCAGUGAAACAGGAAAGACUGUUCCGUCCUACGGGACGCAGACUCCUCACGCUCACAACAACUCCCACAGCGUAGACGUGCCAAUGACAGAGAUCCACACGCACAAAGACUGCAUGUUCGACGCCAUGGGCAACUCAGCAGGCGAGAGGCACGCACACACCGUCUACUACAACAUCUGCCAGGUGUGAUUGGACUGCACGGAGCAGCUCACCACGAAACACCACCGAGUGCGGUAGAGUCCCCACGGUGCCAUCUGAACAGGAAGAGGCGGACUUUGUGGUAACAGAGCGUGAAUCUUCUUCUGAGCAGCAGCUGCUUUGACUCUAACUCAAGAACUGUGGUUUAUUUGGCCAAAAGUGGAUUUAGGCUUCAUUUGGAGGUUUGUUGUCCUGCUCGCUGAUGACAGAGACAUUUACAGCUCCAGGGACAAAAGGACCAUGACGCCAUUUUAAUGGAAACAUGCUUCGCCAUCAGCGCUAACUUGCAAGCUCGCCUGACUUCAGAAAGUGGGAAGGUUGCUAAAUAUCAAGCAGAGAAAUCCGGCAGCAUCUCUGGUUACUGUUGAGGAAGAGGAUGAAUAUGGAGCCUGAUCUGCACCAGAGGAUUAUGGGUACAUCACGCCCCUCCUGGGAGCAGCUGCAGGUUCGUCAUCUGGUCUGACAGCGCCACCACGAAGCUGUACACUUCCCAUUCACCAUGGCGGUUCCUAUGGCUGGAUACCAAACCUUAAUACUUACUGACUCAAAUGUGUCACAAACCGUCAGGUACCGAAAGCUGGUAUCAAAUGACGGGGCAGAGUCUCGACUCUUUUUUUGUUCAAUGAAAAAAACCUUUUUCUUUUCAUUGAACAAAGAGUGGAAGAUGGAACGCUCCGGUCAUGAGCUCUGGGGAGUGACCAACAGAAUGACAUCACAGAUACAAGCAGCUAAAAACCUCCACAGGCUCGGAUCAUCUUACACGUGUUUCACACCAACUGCUCAAAUUCUCAAAAGCACAUCAUUUACAAAAUCAUCCUCAGAAUGAAGCGGAGAACAGAGCUGUAAAACGCAGCUCACUGUGGUGCUACAGACCACAGGAAGUUACGUUUUUGGGAUCAGAGUUUGAUUUGCUUCAACUGUGGCUGAAACCCGUGUUGGAAAAUGAAUGCACUGCUGCUGUCACAGGGAGCACAGCCGCUCUCUGUGUAACACUGAAACUGCUGUUUGGUGUGAAAGCCCUGUGAAGGAUGUGGAGCAGGUUUCACCAGCUGGUUUUUACUAAGCCCAGUCGUAACUGCUGAGUGUUUGUUAAGACAAGUUUUAAGACUUCACGUUGACUGCACCAACUAAACCAAAGCCUGGUCUCAGCCUACACACGCUCUCAGCGAUUUGCGUUCAUGUGAGUGUCCACGCCUUUAUGGCUAGUGGUUAGCCAAGCCCAACUCAGAGGAGACUCCAGGGACACACAGGCUUGUAUAUCUCAUGAGAUCUGGGCACGUCUUGGGAUCUUUCAGGGGGGACUGUGAGACAUCUGCACCACUGCGACCAAGACCAGUGUAAGCUGAGGAAAGAGGUUCGAUCGAUGGUUCUGGAGAAAAACUUUUUUUACAUUUCUCAAAGUGAUGGAUAAAAUGUAAUGGUUUGAUAUCAGGAUAGAAACUCCAAUAUCAGUGCUUGUACCAAAACUCUUGAGGUGAUACCGAGCUCCAGCAGUGGGCUGUACUUCUGUACAAACCCUGAACAAAAGGUCCUGAUGCUGUGUUAUCAGCCCAGUUCACAACAAAGAUUCAUGACGAGACGAGUUGAAAAUACUUGCGUUGCGCUGUUCUGCAUCAUUGUAAAAACCUGCCGGUUCACACCAAGUCACCAGAUGAGAUGGUGUAUCAUCUCUAUGCAACACACAGCGAGCAGCAGCAGAGACCCACCAUCCAACACUGGCACACCAUGAGGACAGAAACAGAGGGCUGCACUGGGAUGACUGGCUGUUGAAACAGGUGACGUGCUUUAAAACCAGCUGAGUGUCAGGUGACACCAUCAGUCGAGCUCAGACACUUUUCUCUGCAACGAUAGAAAACGUUUUCUUCUCAUCGCCGAUCUUUGAUCUGAACUGGACUUCAGGUGUAGAGGUGAUCAGUUCCUGGAUAAUCUAACAGAGCUUUUUACCUCCUGCUCACCAUCUUUACUUUGACUAUAAAGCCAGGAAGAAUCCACCUCUGUGUUGGGACAGAGACCAGUGAAACCACACUGGAUCACAGUGGGUGACAGUUAACGUGGCGGAGCUAAAAACAAAGCUCGGUUCUUUACAGAACGUUUUUUUUUUUUGUUCUUAUUUUGGAUCUUCGAAAGGGACAAACUUCUUCGUGCUGCUGUUUGUUCUAAACCUCGUCUCUGUCUUAUGUUCACAACAGUUUUCACCACCUCAACAAACCUCUGACUGAACAAGGUCUCUGAUUGGCCGGUGGUCAGACUAGUGAAAGGGUCAAAGGGUAAUCCGACCAAUCAGAUGGCUGAAUGAAUCCAAGUGCUCUUCAUUUUGCAGACUCUUCUUCUUCUGUGUGUUUAUAUUUGACAGCAUGCUGGCAUGCGUUCCGACUGGCUUCGUUUGAAGUCGACGUGCAUUAUUUUCUUCUCUCGUUGUUGUUUUGACUUGAACGUUUCAAAGUAAACAAAGUGCUGUAGGGAUUAUGGGAAUCUUACCAAAGUCAGUUGCAGCUAACAGAUGCUAGUUUGGGUUCAGUUAACUACUUAAUUGUGUUUAUUACCUCAAGUUAUUUACAAAUUGUUUACUGACAGAUCAGGAGUCAUAACUGAUGAUAUGACAGAACGUUCAAGGUAACAAAGUGUUGACGGAUUAUUUAUAUGCAGCAGAUUACAGUUGAUUUUUCUUAAAAAGGUAAGAAAUCAAACCUGAUGGUUCAGAAGAUGGUCGGGAUAAAUUAAAGUAUAAUGUUAACAGGAUUUGUAGUUACGUGGCUAAAACAUGGAAGAUUCAGUCCUUUAAGCUCUCUUGUGAAAUAUGUUAAAAUUUUCGGUGAAGUGCUCCUUGAACUUCUCUCUGUGGUGAAGUAGUGUUGUUGUUCACUAGUUAGUUCAGAGCUGAACAUGAAAACGUAGACCUGCCUUAACUUGACUGUUUUAAUCCACAAACCUCAGUGUUCAUCUGCCAACGCACACCGACAACCUGCAGCGUUUUUUAUAUUCAUGUGUUUUUGGACUUUGUGUAAUUUGUGUUUGUUUGCAUUUCAAAAUAAACACACUGAUGUUCUUC